UUUGAUACAGAGCGGACUGCUGUGAAACUGUGCAGUGCGUUUCAAGAAUCGAUUUUAUUCGUGUUUACAAUAGUAUAAAAAUGCUAAAAACCCGCUGUAAAACCGCUGGGAGCAGAUCCUACUCACGUUGAUGAAAGACGUUCAGCAUCGCCGACGAUGGCGAUGGACCAAGAUCAAGAGCUAAAGUCGGAACAUUCGGAAAUACGAUCGUUCGUGAAGUUCGUUAACACCACGCUACGGGCAGUGGACGUGUUUUGGGUUAACUAUUCCGCCAAACUGAUUCAUUACACGACCCUGGAACCCACGGCCCACUGCAUGGUCAACACGUACGUUACGCACCCGUGGAUGUUCCAAGAUAAGGUGUCGGGUGAGCGGAUGCACGUGAGGCACAACCAGGUUUUCAUGCCGGAACCGUGGUAUACGAAUAUCGACGGCGAUGGCAGGCUGGCAAGAAAGGAGAUUACCGUCCACUUUCCGGUGCGCACGCUACGGGAGAAUUGCUUGUGGCGCAUCCUGUCGAUGGCCCGCGAAGAGGAUACACUGCGGGAACUGGAGAUUCCAAAGGUAAAUGCGCUACAACUUAUGCAAUUCGUUUUGUAACCACCAAAAUACGCCACCCGUACCCCGCGAGAGAGACAGAGAGUACGUGCAGUCUUUUGAGCAUAAUCAUGAAUGACCCUAAACAAACCCUAUGAGAUGCAAGGUGUACAAAUAGUUUCAUGUUUGUUCGCGUUCCAUUAACAAUGCCUCGUUUUCUGUUUCAACCAUUUUCUGCUAGAACCCUUGUUUUGUAACAGAACGAUUAGAGACUCGGAGGAUGGAUAACACUGGUAAUUGGAUGAAAGUUACGCCUAAGCAUGUCGAUCGGUUACGUAUACUAAAACGUUACAUGGUAGCUACCGUGUGGCGGGGAAGGGCGGCCAAAUGUAAAUGCGAUAAAUCUCCACUCCCGGUCGCGUCCCGAGAGGAUUAUUGACGAGUGUAUGGAAAACGAAACACGCAAAACCAAAAACCGGAUCCAGCGACGGCACACGGCACAGAUUUAACUGUGAAACUUUUCAAUGUGCCGCGACAGUGUUUGCGGUGUCUUGAAAACGUUAUAGCAAUAGUUGCAGAUCAGUUUCGGCUGGGCCGCCAGCGUGUUCAGUGUGCCCGAGAUGCCGAACAGAUUUUGCGUCUGGGCCAGCAUGUUGGCUUGCAGCUCCGUUUUAAUGCGAUUGAAAUUGUUCAUUUUGUCCUAGUUUGGGGGGGUUUGGAAACGGAAAGAAUGUUAAUGGAGCACUGUGUGUGGCCGAUGUCGAACAAGAGGCACACGCAAACAUAGCAAAUGAAGCAGUACAAGCGAAGAAAUAAAGAUAACAAAAAGUUAUACAUUAUCUAGCCGGUGUGUAAAAUAAAUAACCAACAGCAAACCAACGAAAGAUGCCAGAACUGACGAAGCGUACUGUUAUGGCUUUAGGAAACUAUUAAGCUGCCAAUAGUCAGUAUAUAAGUAGACAGAUAUCCACGACAGAAAUAAUGAUCAUACAUAAGCAAACGAAGACAGGACGACGAGACACGAAAGAAGAUAGCGGCACUACAAACCAAACGAACACAAGCGGGUUAUUGAUUAAGAGAAAUCGGAACUGAAGACUAGUGUUAG